ACCGUUUGCCAUCCCAGGGUCUAUGUCUCCGUGCUCGUCGCUUUCGUAGGGUGCCGAGUUCUAGCUUUUUUCCGCGCUUGCCAUGGCGAGCCGAGGGGCCCGGCAGCGCCUGAAGGGCAGCGGGGGCAGCGGCGGGGACCCCGCCUCGGCCGCCGACAAGCUACGGGAGCUGCUGUGCAGCCGGGAGGCGGGCGGCGCGGAGCCCCGGCCUGAGUUAUCUGGGAACAAAGCAGGACAAGUCUGGGCACCUGAAGGAUCUACUGCUUUCAAGUGUCUGCUCUCAGCAAGGCUGUGUGCUGCUCUUCUGAGCAACAUCUCCGACUGUGAUGAAACAUUCAACUACUGGGAACCAACACACUACCUCAUCUAUGGGAAGGGGUUUCAGACUUGGGAAUAUUCCCCAGCUUAUGCCAUUCGCUCCUAUGCUUACCUGUUGCUUCAUGCCUGGCCAGCUGCAUUUCAUGCGAGAAUUUUACAAACUAAUAAGAUUCUAGUCUUUUACUUUUUACGAUGUCUUCUGGCUUUUGUGAGCUGUAUAUGUGAACUUUACUUUUACAAGGCUGUGUGCAAGAAGUUUGGGUUGCAUGUAAGUCGAAUGAUGCUAGCCUUCUUGGUUCUCAGCACUGGCAUGUUUUGCUCAUCAUCAGCGUUCCUUCCUAGCAGCUUCUGUAUGUACACUACCUUGAUAGCCAUGACUGGCUGGUAUAUGGACAAAACUUCCAUUGCUGUGCUUGGAGUAGCAGCUGGGGCUAUCUUAGGCUGGCCAUUCAGUGCGGCUCUUGGUUUACCCAUUGCCUUUGAUUUGCUGGUCAUGAAACACAGGUGGAAGAGUUUCUUUCAUUGGUCACUGGUUGCCCUAAUGCUCUUUCUGGUGCCUGUGGUGGUCAUUGACAGCUACUAUUAUGGGAAGUUGGUGAUUGCACCACUCAACAUUGUUCUGUAUAAUGUCUUUACUCCUCAUGGACCUGAUCUUUACGGUACAGAACCCUGGCAUUUCUAUUUAAUUAAUGGGUUUCUGAAUUUUAAUGUAGUCUUUGCUUUGGCUCUCCUGGUCCUACCUUUGACUUCUCUGAUGGAACACCUACUGCAGAGAUUUCAUGUUCAGAAUUUGGGCCACCCAUAUUGGCUUACAUUGGCUCCAAUGUAUAUUUGGUUUAUGAUUUUCUUCAUCCAGCCUCACAAAGAGGAGAGAUUUCUUUUCCCCGUAUAUCCACUUAUAUGUCUCUGUGGUGCUGUGGCCCUUUCUGCCCUUCAGAAAUGUUACCACUUCGUAUUUCAGCGAUACCGCCUGGAGCAUUAUACUGUGACAUCGAAUUGGCUGGCAUUAGGAACACUCUUCCUGUUUGGACUCUUAUCUUUUUCCCGCUCUGUGGCCCUGUUCAGAGGAUAUCAUGGGCCCCUUGAUUUGUAUCCAGAGUUUUACCGAAUUGCCACAGACCCAGCCAUCCACACUGUCCCGGAAGGCCGACCUGUUAACGUCUGUGUAGGAAAAGAGUGGCAUCGAUUUCCCAGCAGCUUCCUUCUGCCUGAGAAUUGGCAGCUUCAGUUCAUUCCAUCAGAGUUCAGAGGCCAGUUACCAAAACCUUUUGCAGAGGGACCCCUGGCCACCCGGAUUGUUCCUACUGACAUGAAUGACCAGAACCUAGAGGAGCCAUCCAGAUAUAUUGACAUCAGUAAAUGCCAUUAUUUAGUGGAUUUGGACACCAUGAGAGAAACACCUCGGGAGCCAAAAUACUCGUCCAAUGGAGAAGAAUGGAUCAACUUGGCCUACAGACCAUUCCUUGAUGCUUCUAGAUCUUCAAAGCUGCUGCGGGCAUUCUAUGUUCCCUUCCUCUCAGAUCAGUAUACAGUGUAUGCAAACUACACCAUCCUCAAACCCCGGAAAGCCAAGCAGAUCAGGAAGAAGAGCGGAGACCGGAGAAGAACAGAACCAGCUUUCAGGAAGAAUUGAAAGUCCUGGGACUGGAUGGCUGUGUUGAGCUAUUCUCCACACUCUGGCCUGGCGUCUGGGAAUUAGCCUCUCUCGAGCUGUGUGAGCUUCCCCACCAAAGCUCUCUGACAGCUCCUAGCAGACCUUCUCAUUCAAAUCCUAGUGCUGAAAAGGAGCACAGCCUCGCUGCCAACUUCCACGUCCUUUCCCCACCAGCCAGACUGAGUUUCUCUAAAGCACUUGGCUGUGCUAGACUAGGACCCCGUCCUGGAGCCAUCUCAGGAAAAAGGCAACUAUUCGAGGAACUGUGACUUAAUUUCAUUGUAGAGGAUGCCUCUUAUUUUCAUUUUAUUUACUUUACAACAAACUGCAACUAUAUGGGUUGGUUUUUUUAAUUUUUUUUGUACGUUUUAACAUGCUAUUUUUUUUAAUUCAAGACUUCCCUGUAUAAGGGCAUUGCCAGACCAGAUCAUAACUGUACAGGACAUGUUUGGAGAAAGUUAAUUCUAUCAAUUCAUAGAUUUGGAUGACAUCAUAUUUCUACGUAAUUUAUUCUGAGGCCAUUUCUGAGGAAGUUAAGAAUCUCCAUUUGUUUUUUUUAAACAACCCUAGUGAAAAAGACCAGUGGAUAUUUAUGGCACCUAUUUUAUCUCUUGCAAGCACAUCCUGCAUGGGGCACUACUUAUCAAAUAGGCAGUGAUAAGGACCUAAUUAAAACAAUAAGUAUAUACUGUGUUUGGCCUUUAUAUACAGUAUUUCAUAGUUUACAAAGCACUUCCACAUUAUCCUGUUUGAUCCUCACGGUCAUGAUGUGAGGUAGACCAGGCAAGUGGUCUUAUCCCCAUUUUAUAGAUGAAGAAACUAAGACUCUGGGGCAGGAGGAGGUGAGCGUCCUUGCCCAAGGCCACUCCACCAGUAAGUGGUAGCACUAGGACUGCAACUUGGGCUGCCUAACUUCUCACCCAGUGCUCGUCCAUACUGCUCACUUGACGAUGAAAACAUUUCUUGAAAGAGUGAUGAGGCUGGUCAGAGACCUGAUGGGUAACGAAACUGAACUUUUUUCUUUUCCUUUCUUCUUCUUUUUUAAUGGCCGCAUCUGAAGCACAUGGAAAUGCCUGGGCCAGGGACUGAAUCCCAGCCACAGUGCUGGCAGUGCUGGAUCCUUUAACUUACUGCGCUGGGUUGGGGAAUCAACCCCCGCCUCCAAGCGACUCAAGCUUCUGCAGUCAGAUUCCUAACCCAUUGUGCUACAGUGGGAACUCUAACUUUCUAUUUUAAGGAAGAAUUUUCUCUGUGUUUCUUUGAGUUCUUUGGAGUCGCCAGUGUGCCUGUUGGUUAGACCAUCACAGCAGCGCUCCUUGAGGCAGCCUGGCCUGUGGCAGGAAAGUUGUGCUUACGUUUGGAAGUCAAGCUCCUUUGCAGCCCCACAGGGUCCCAUGUCCGUUCCAUCCCUCUAGUCGGUCACAUUACAGUGCCUUAUUUCCCUAAGGGUAACUGUGUCUAGUAUCUGCAAAUAGGAUGAAUCUAUUUUUCAGAGUUUCCAUCAUUCAUUUUUCAAAGAGAAGGGAUUUUCAAGAGGAACUGAUCCCAAGAGAGGAGAAAAGAAGUGAUACGAGAAGAAAUAGCUCGUUACCAUAUGAAGAGUCUCCUUGUUGGGAUGGGGUUGAAGCACUAGUGAGGCAGUAGGUCUAGAUAGUUAACAGUAGGUCCCUGUUAACUAGAGAGCGAGGGUGAACUGAGAUCCAACUUACUGCUCUAAAGAUUUUUGGCAUUUAAUUUUCAGUGCUUGAUCACUGUUUACCAAGGCAAAUAUUGGCACACGUGGUCUGACUACAGGAUAGAGAAUUUUCAGUGUAAUAUCCUGCCAUACCUAUAGCGGUAGUUGACUGUCUUUCACAGUGGCUAAAUCUUGCUACUUUUGGCAGAGGUGAAUAAGUACAGUAAUGGAGAGCCAUGAUGCAUGAAAGUGGUACAAGGCUGACCUACUUCAGCAUCUUGUGUGUUUAAAAAAAAAAAACAACCGGAGUUCCUGUCGUGGCGCAGUGGU